CGUCGAGAACGAGCAAUCUCUUCUUCUUCUUCCGAUAAGUUCUGCAUUUUCUUCUUCCUCGAUUCGUCUCUGUUUCUCCUCACUUGGAGGAGCUUGAACGGCGUUCUUCUCCGAUGAUGUAGCCACACCGUUUCUUCUACGUAACCACUUGUUCACCAAGUUGCAAUCUUUGAGGAUCUUACACGCAAGCCCGUAUCUUCUUCUGGAGCUCAGCGUCGGCAACACCCAAAGUAUCUGCAGCAAAGUCCUUCUCUUGCCGGUCAGCGAUUCCUUUUAAGAUGAGCAGCAGCGACGGAGGAUCCCGUCGCAUCCGGUGGCUGCUAGGGUUUGGUUUCUUCGUUCAAGGAUUUAGGGGUUUCCCUUGGCUGGGAGCCAAUUUCUUCCUCACAGAUGAGCUCCGUGUCAAUCCUUCAGUGCUGCAGCUUCUCCAGAACUCGGCGAAUCUUCCGAUGGUCGCUAAACCAAUCUACGGUGUCCUCUCCGACGCUGUCUACUUCUUUGGCCAGCAUCGAAUCCCUUAUAUCGCCUUUGGAGCCUUGCUACAAGCAAUCUCAUGGCUUGCUAUAGCCUUCUUGUCAAGAUCAAAUGUGUCAAUCUUAGCUUUGUCGCUCUACCUUCUCCUUAGUAAUCUCGGUGCUUCGUUAGUAGAAGUAGCAAAUGAUGCUAUUGUAGCCGAGGCCGGAAAGCAAAAGAGCCAUUCAUCAUCAUCAUCACCACCACAACUGUCGUCUUCUUCUUCUUCUUCUUCUUCUUCUUCUUCCGGUGAGUUACCUUCGUUUGUUUGGAUGGCUUCUUCUCUUGGUGGAAUCCUUGGAAACCUUUUAGGUGGUAUUGCUAUCAAAACGUUUUCCUCUCAGUCAACAUUCCUCGUGUUUGGCCUUCUCGCUCUCCUUCAGUUCCUUGUAACCAUAAACAUUAAAGAAAAGUCUCUUAACCUCCCGGCAAACCCAUCACCCGCCGGUAUCAGAAAUCAUCUCUCCGACCUUUCACGUGUGUUGAGGAAGCCAGAGAUCUCUUACUCCAUAGCCUGGAUCGCGUUAUCAACCGCUGUAGUACCUGUUCUCACGGGGACAAUGUUCUUUUACCAAACAAAGCUUCUGAAGAUCGACGCAUCACUCGUAGGGAUCUCCAAGGUGUUUGGUCAGAUCGCAAUGCUCUUAUGGGGUGCUGCGUACAACCGUUGGCUCAAAGCCAUCCCGCCGAGGAAACUGAUCACAGCCAUUCAGGUAACGAUGGGUGUCUUUGUGGUAUCCGAUCUCUUGUUCGUGAAAGGCGUUUACCGGAAUCUGGGUGUGCCGGACUCUGUAUACGUGCUCUUCUUCUCUGGAAUCUUGGAGACUCUGUUUUAUUUCAAGAACCUGCCUUUCACCGUGCUGAUGACGAGGCUCUGUCCUCCUGGAUGUGAAGGUUCUCUCAUGGCGUUUGUAAUGUCUGCCAUUGCACUCGCCUUCAUAGUUAGCGGAUAUCUCGGAAUCGUUCUCGCAUCGUUUGUCGGCGUAACGGCGGGUGAUUUCUCGGGUUUUACUAGUGGACUCGCUAUAGAAGCGACCUGCGUUGCGAUUCCGCUGGUCUUAACCUCGUGGAUAUACGAUGAAACGGAAACAAAGGACAGAAUGUUUGAGGCCUUCGGUUUUGCUGAGACCCUUUGUUCCAAGAUGGGUUACUAUAACAACGUCUUUGAUGGAUGCAAUGACCAAACUGAUAUCGGUGGGGUUGUACGAGAUGGAAGGGAAGUCAUUCUCCAGGCCUAUAAUUGGGAAUCUCAUAAACAUGAUUGGUGGAGAAACUUGGACGGAAAAGUUCCUGAUAUCGCCAAAUCUGGCUUUACGUCUGCGUGGUUGCCACCACCAUCUCAGUCUCUUGCACCAGAAGGUUACCUUCCACAGGACCUUUAUUCACUAAACUCAGCGUAUGGCUCAGAGCACCAGUUGAAAUCCUUGCUUCGUAAGAUGAAACAGUACAAAGUUAGAGCUAUGGCUGAUAUAGUCAUCAAUCAUCGUGUUGGGACGACGAGAGGUCAUGGUGGAAUGUACAACCGCUACGAUGGAAGUUCGUUGCCGUGGGAUGAACACGCUGUUACUUCUUGUACCGGAGGACUUGGAAGCCGAAGCACAGGGGAGAACUUCAAUGGAGUUCCAAAUGUUGAUCACACUCAACAUUUUGUUAGGAAAGAUAUAAUCGGAUGGCUUCGUUGGCUGCGAAACACCGUCGGGUUUCAGGACUUCCGUUUUGACUUUGCUAGAGGCUAUUCAGCACAGUAUGUGAAGGAGUACAUAGGAGCAGCGAAACCUCUAUUCUCAGUUGGAGAAUGUUGGGAUUCUUGCAAGUACAAUGGCCAUGGUCUUGACUAUAAUCAAGAUAGCCAUAGACAACGUAUAAUCAAUUGGAUCGAUGCCACAGGACAGCUUUCAGCUGCAUUUGACUUCACAACCAAAGGAAUUCUGCAGGAAGCUGUGAAGGGUCAGUUUUGGCGUUUAUGUGAUCCACAAGGAAAGCCUCCAGGCGUAAUGGGAUGGUGGCCUUCAAGAGCUGUCACCUUCCUUGAUAACCAUGACACUGGCUCUACUCAGGCUCACUGGCCGUUCCCUUCACACCACAUUAUGGAGGGCUAUGCAUAUAUACUUACGCAUCCAGGAAUCCCCUGUGUUUUCUACGAUCACUUCUACGAUUGGGGAAGCUCUAUUCAUGACCAGAUUGUUAAACUGAUUGAUAUUAGGAGGCGACAAGAUAUCCACAGUAGGUCAACGAUCCGCGUUUUGGAAGCACAGUCUAAUUUGUACGCAGCCAUUGUUGGUGAGAAGCUGUGCAUGAAGGUCGGGGACGCUUCUUGGUGCCCUUCUGGUAGAGACUGGACUUUAGCAACGAGUGGUCAUCGCUAUGCCGUUUGGCACAAGUAAUCUUCCUCAGGAUUGGACUUGGUUUCAAAGGUUGAUGAUAUUUUCACUUUCUAUACCGGUAUUACUUUAAUGUGUAGCACUUACGUCUUCAUGACGUAAUAUUUUACAAGUUAAUCAAAUGCAUGUAUUAUUUAUAUAAUGUAAGCAUUUUCGUUUGUUGUUUUAUUUGUUGGCAAUCUAUAGUAAAAAAAAUUGGAUGACUAGUGAGAAAGUAAAUGAAACUAUUGGGAGGGAAAAGGGGCUUUGUGCUUUUCUAUGAGAAUUAACUCGGAGAAAAUGAUGGUGAUGAUGAGCAUGACAGAGAGUGAGAAUGUCCCGCAUGCAUAAGAACAAAAAAGUGAAGAGGCGAUGUAUCAACUCAUUAACGUUAGCUAAACCUAUGUUUAAUUAUUACUUUAGCCACGUUGUCAAAGAAAGAAAAUGUUACUUGAGCACUAAUCCAAUUUACCAUACUGUUGUUUGACUUGUUUCAAAACACCUACAUUUAAGAUUCAUACAGCACUUGUAGACUUGAUCCC